CCCCGCACUGAGCAAGCGCGGCCUCGUGUGCACUGGAGGGGCGAGUGGAGCGGCGCGCUUUGCGUCCCGGCGCUCCGCUCUCCCAGUCGGUCCCGCCCUCCGUCGCGGCGGCGCGGUGCAUCUUGGGAUAGGGAGCGAUCUCCGAGCGAGGCAGCAAGAUGGACGCGGGAUUCUUCCGCGGAACAAGUGCAGAACAGGAUAAUCGGUUCAGCAACAAACAGAAGAAGCUACUGAAGCAGCUGAAAUUUGCAGAAUGCCUAGAAAAAAAGGUGGAUAUGAGCAAAGUAAAUUUGGAGGUUAUAAAGCCUUGGAUAACAAAACGAGUAACGGAAAUCCUUGGGUUUGAAGAUGAUGUUGUGAUUGAGUUUAUAUUCAACCAGCUGGAAGUGAAGAUUUCACCCUUGUGUUUUGACAGAACAGUUGGCAUUUCAACUGAUAAGAAUCCAGACUCCAAAAUGAUGCAAAUCAACCUGACUGGGUUUUUGAACGGAAAAAAUGCUAGAGAAUUUAUGGGAGAACUGUGGCCCCUGCUCUUAAGUGCACAAGAAAACAUCGCUGGAAUUCCUUCUGCUUUCCUAGAACUGAAGAAAGAAGAAAUAAAACAGAGACAGAUAGAACAAGAAAAGUUGGCAUCUAUGAAAAAGCAAGAUGAAGACAAAGAUAAGAGGGAUAAGGAAGAAAAAGAAAGCAGCAGAGAAAAAAGGGAAAGGUCUCGAAGCCCACGAAGACGCAAAUCCAGAUCUCCUUCCCCUAGAAGACGAUCUUCCCCUGUCAGGAGAGAGAGAAAGCGCAGUCAUUCUCGAUCUCCCCGUCACAGAACCAAGAGCCGGAGUCCUUCCCCUGCUCCAGAAAAGAAGGAAAAAACUCCUGAGCUCCCAGAACCAUCAGCAAAAGUAAAAGAACCUUCAGUACAAGAGGCCACUUCUACUAGUGAUAUCCUGAAAGUUCCCAAGCCUGAACCUGUACCAGAGCCUAAAGAGCCUACUCCGGAGAAAAAUUCCAAAAAAGAAAAGGAAAAGGAGAAGACCCGACCAAGAUCUCGGUCACGUUCCAAAUCAAGAUCCCGGACACGCUCUCGCUCUCCUUCUCAUACUCGACCUAGACGGCGCCAUAGAUCCAGAUCAAGAUCAUACUCACCUAGAAGGCGGCCAAGCCCAAGAAGGCGGCCAUCUCCUCGAAGAAGAACUCCACCAAGACGAAUGCCUCCUCCACCAAGGCAUAGGAGGAGUAGAUCUCCAGUGAGACGAAGAAGGCGUUCAUCAGCAUCCUUGUCUGGAAGUAGUUCAUCCUCUUCUUCGUCUCGUUCCCGGUCACCGCCAAAGAAGCCUCCUAAGAGGACAGCCAGCCCCCCUCGAAAAAUGCGGAGGUUGUCUCCCUCAACAAGUCCUCCAAGGCGAAGGCAUAGGCCAUCACCUCCGGCAACUCCUCCGCCAAAAACUCGUCAUUCCCCGACACCCCAGCAGUCAAACCGGACAAGAAAAAGUCGUGUUUCUGUCUCUCCUGGGAGAACUUCAGGUAAAGUGACAAAACAUAAAGGUACUGAGAAAAGGGAGUCCCCUUCACCAGCACCCAAGCCUAGAAAAGUAGAGUUAUCUGAAUCAGAAGAAGAUAAAGGUGGCAAAAUGGCUGCAGCAGAUUCUGUGCAGCAGAGACGCCAAUACAGACGACAGAACCAGCAGUCAUCAUCUGAUUCUGGCUCCUCAUCUUCCUCAGAAGAAGAGCGACCCAAGAGGUCCCAUGUGAAGAAUGGUGAGGUAGGCAGGCGGCGGAGACAUUCCCCUUCCCGGAGUGCUUCUCCAUCACCUCGAAAACGCCAGAAAGAGACUUCCCCUCGGAUGCAGAUGGGAAAGCGAUGGCAAUCGCCAAUGACUAAAAGUGGUCGACGCAGGAGAAGUCCCUCCCCACCACCCACCAGAAGGCGACGUUCUCCCUCUCCUGCUCCACCUCCUCGACGGCGUAGGUCUCCCACACCACCACCAAGACGAAGGACUCCUUCUCCUCCCCCUCGUCGGCGCUCACCUUCCCCAAGAAGAUACUCUCCUCCAAUACAGAGGAGAUAUUCUCCUUCCCCACCUCCGAAGAGAAGAACGGCUUCUCCCCCACCCCCUCCUAAACGAAGGGCAUCACCAUCUCCACCACCAAAGCGUCGCGUCUCCCAUUCUCCACCUCCCAAACAAAGAAGCUCCCCAGCCAACAAGAGACGUUCACCUUCAUUGUCAUCAAAACAUAGGAAAGGGUCUUCCCCAGGCCGAUCUACGCGGGAGGUCCGGUCACCACAACCAAACAAACGGCAUUCGCCCUCGCCACGGCCUCGAGCUCCUCAGACCUCCUCAAGUCCUCCACCCGUUCGAAGAGGAGCCUCAUCAUCACCCCAAAGAAGGCAAUCCCCAUCUCCAAGUACUAGGCCCAUUAGGAGAGUCUCCAGGACACCAGAACCCAAAAAGACAAAAAAAGCUGCCUCACCAAGCCCUCAAUCUGUAAGGAGAGUCUCAUCCUCCCGAUCUGUCUCAGGAUCUCCUGAGCCAGCAGCUAAAAAACCCCCAGCACCUCCAUCUCCUGUCCAGUCUCAGUCACCCUCUACCAACUGGUCACCAGCGGUACCGGUCAAAAAGGCUAAAAGCCCAACACCAAGCCCAUCACCUGCGAGGGGGAAAUACAGUUGACUCUUGAACUGCACAGGUCCACUGAUAAGUGUAUUUUUUUCCUCAAUAAAUAUACAAUUGACCAUCCAUAUCCCCCUAGUUUCCCAUCAAUGAAUUCAAUUAACUGUGGAUCAAAAACAGUAUUUUCAAUCCACAGUUGGAAGGCUGACUGUAAACAUUGUUUUUUGCCACUUUAUCUAAGGGACUUGGUAAUCCGUGAAUUUUGGUAUCCUCGGGGUUCUGGAACCAAUCCCUCACGGGUACUGAGAGAUGGCUAUAAUUAAAUUUAGGGGGAGUAAAAUAUUAUUUGUAUAUUUUUUUAAGUCCUCCAGGUUAUGUGUAUUGAUUAUUUUGAGAGAGAAAGAGAGUAAUCAGUAUGUGAGAGACAUCAAUCUGUUGCCUCCUGUACAUGCAUGCCCCAGCCGGGGAUUGAACCCGAAACCUUUUGGUGUCCAGGAUGAUGCUCCAACCGAGCCAUCUGGCCAGCGUUAUUUGUGGAUUUUUUACUUCGAGGGGGGUUGGUAUCCUUUAUCCCUGCAUUCUUCAAGAGUCAACUGUACAUUGUUUCUAUAAAAAAAAAAGAAACGUUGCAACCUGUGAAAUACUAGAUGGAAUGAAAAGUACUUUAUUGCUUUAUCUAGUCCAGCGGUUCUCAACCUGUGGGUAGCGACCAUUGGAAAACACAUACAGCAUAUCAGAUAUUUACAUUACAAUUCAUAACAGUAGCAAAAUUACAGUUAUGAAGUAGCAACGAAAAUAAUUUUAUGGUUGGGGUCACCACAACAUGAGGAACUUUAUUAAAGGGUCGCAGCAUUAGGAAGAUUGAGAACCACUGAUCUAGUCUUUGGCAAGCUACAUAAAAAUAGCAUUCUUUCCCUAGCUGGUUUGGCUCAGUGGAUAGAGCGUCAGCCCGUGGACUGAAGGGUUCCAGGUUCAAUUCUGAUCCAGGGCACAUGCCCGGGUUGUGGGCUUGAUCCUCAGGAAGGGGGUAUGCAGGAAGCAGCCCAUCCAUGAUUCUCUCUCAUGACUGAUGUUUCUAGCUCUCCCUCUCACUUCCUCUCUUUUAAAUCAAUUUUUUUAAAAAAAAUUUUUUUAAAAGGGCUUACCCUCAAGCACAACUAAGGAGCCUUUGGAGCCCAGAGGCUGACCCAAAAGGGCUCAUUUUAAAAGUCGAGCAGAUUUGUUUGAAGUCAGAUAGUUAACAGGUUCAAGAACCAGAAUUCAGUUCAGGCCUGUCUGAGUUCUGAGACUUUUCUUUCUAUUGGACAUGCCGCUUUUCCUUACAACUGGAGGUUGACCCUGACUCACAGCUGGCUUGUGGUCGGGAAACCUGGUUUAAUGUGAAGUUAGUUGGGUAAGAUUGUAAAAAAAAAA